GUAGAAAUCUUGACUAUAUGAUUCCCUUCAGUCUGGCUGCACUGGUGCUGCCCCAGCACUUCCAUCACUGCCUGGCCGUGGUGAAGUUAAUCAGCCUGGGCCCUGUUCUCAUCUACUCAGCUAAAUUUGCUCUGGCUUUUCCCUUUUCCUACCACACUUGGAAUAGAGUCUGACACCUU